AUGGUGCACUUCACAGUGAGAAUCUUCAGUGCCUUCGAGGGGUCUCAGGAGUCAUUUGACAUUGCGUCUGAUGGGACAGUGGUGGCUAUAAAACAAAUGGUCAAGGACUGCUUCAGUGUGCCACUGUAGGAUGAUGAACAGGUACAGUGGUUCCUGGAGCUGAGUUUCGCUGGAGCUGUCCUGCAGGAUGACUGGUGUCUAGCAGAUGUGGGCAUCUCGUCAGAUGGUAUUCCCUCUUCCCACGGCACGGUUAACUCGAUGAUGAGGACACGCUUGGCAGCCGUUGACCACAUCACGAUGUCUGGUCUUAGAAUUGAUUGCACAAUCUCGCUCGGGAAGGAGGUCAGCAAAGCUGUGCUCCAUGUGUUCAGUGCUGUGACGAAGGAUACCCUGCCUAUCAUGGGAACAGCAUGUCUGCUGGCUUCCUCCAUCUCCAAACUUCAGUCCCUAGUGUCCUUGAUGCUUGGCCUGCCAGUCAGUGCUUUCACAUUGUCGACCCAGAAUGGGGCUGAGCUUUAUGACUGUAAUCUGCUCUCAUGCUAUGCUGUUGAACCUGGAGAUACCCUUUGUCUGGACACUUGGGUUGGCUGGACGGAGUUCUUACGAGACUCUUUGGAAGGACACAUAAACAAAGUCCAGUGUCAUUUCUCUGAGGAUAAAUCACUUCUAAGGUUUCAGAAACGUUUGGCCCUUUAUGUUGCUGCUGCUCAUGAACACCUUGAAAUGGCCAGUUGGCUACUAGAUAAUGGCGUGCAAGCUCACGAGCCUGAGGGUGUCCACCCUUCCCAUGUGUGGUGCUGUGAAACAGACCACCCUGAAUCCUUAAAAUGUCCUGUACAUGCUGCUGUAGAGACUGGCCAACUUCUCAUCCUGAAGAUGUUCCUCAGCAGGAGCAUAUUCAACCUAGCCUUUCAAGAUCCCAGCAACCGAAACCUGCUUCAGAUUGUCAUAUAUCAACAACACAAAAAAUGGUAUCUCAUGUCCAAACUGUACACUCGGGUCAGCUUUUGUAGUUUCACUCUAUCAACACGGCUCUAUGUUCAGAUCAAGAUCUGGAUGAUCAAGUCUAAAAGAGGACUUCUUAAGACACGUCGAGGUCCGUUCAGAAACAGAGUGGGGGACACUUUACUAAUUGAUGGCUUUUCCUUGUCCAGGAUGUCCUCAGUGCCCAGGGGUUCUGUGUUCAAAGGAUGCACGUGGGUCAACAAGUCAUCCUGUGGGUUCCAGGCUCUGACAUCACAGCUCACAGGCUCAUCCUGUUCAUGUCAUCACCCUGCUGUCCUAGAAUCCCAGAAUGCAUCAGAGCAACUUCCGCAGCUGCUUCCUUUUGCCCCAAACAAAAGGACACGGAAAAAGACUAAGGGGAAUAACGGAUAUGGCAGGAAGAAGCCAAAGGAAAUCCUGGUAGCUGAAAAUACUGAUCAAAAACACUAUGAACGGAGCAGCACAGUUCCUCUGCCUGACACAUUUCGAGAUACUGAGUCCCUCACACUCCUUUGUGGACGUGCUCCAAGACAAAAUGCAAUAUACUGCUUGGCUAUUGCCAGUGCCUUUGUCAAAAAUCCCUGGCUACAGCAGUUAGCUGUUGCAAAAACCCUGGCCCGAAAAAGCAUCCAGAAAUUCUGCAACGUUAACUAA